CUGAUUGUGAUCAUUCAGGAUCAGAUGAGAGCACACGAGGCUGAUCUUCAGUUCAGUCUGUGAUCUGUGAUCGUGUGUUGGAGAUGCUGGAUCAUCAUCAGUGUGUGUCUCCGGUCAUCGAGGUCUUUAUUCCGUCUCUCAUGAGGGAAGUGGACGAGACGGGAAAGUUGCGCAAACUCUUCAGGUUGGAGAUUCUCUUCAAUGGAAGGAAACACUUUAUUUUGCGUAGACACCAUGAAUUUCAGACACUUCACCGGAAGCUGAGGAAAGUUCUGCACGCUCCCGAUUUCCCCAGUAAGAGAAAUCAGCACCUGAGAACCAAACCACUAGAGCAAAGACGUCUGGAACUCGAGGACUACAUCCAGGUGAUUCUGUAUCAAAAUGAUGUUGUUCCUCAAGAGCUCCUGGACUUCCUGCAGGUCAAACAUUUUCAUUCGGCGAGCAAGAACUGUAGCUCUGAUCAAAACCAGUCAGAUGAGUGUCAAGGGCAGGGAUACAGAUUCCAGUUAUUUCAUCAGCGAGUUGUUGGUUUCUCGGCUGACCCUUACCAGCUUGAAUCCAGAUCAGGUCUCCCUGAUAUCGUGGCGGCCGGCGUCCUGCAGGGUUUUUACCCCAGAGACGUCAAAGUGAGUUUCAAAAAGAGCUGCACUAAACCCAGAGGCCUCACCCGUGCACCAGAGCUGCCCGUGCAUCCCAGAAUCCCCACUGUUACCAUAAACAGAAGCAAUAUCAGCUCACUGCCAGAGCCAGAGAAUAUGAGUGCUGCCUAGCAACUCCAUCUGCUUUAAAUGUGCCUUUGCAUGUUUAGAA